UGUAAGCUAGUCGUGAUUUAGUUUUCUGAAAUAAAAUUUGUUAUUAAAACUGUGACAAAUUAAGUAUUAUGUGUAAUUUUAUCAGUGGAUAAUUGAUAUAAAGGAUUACUAAUUAUUCUGUUAAUUUGAAUGUUGUUUUAUUGAUUAAUCAGGUGUAUGAGUCACAAAACACGUGUUUGUUUCUUGUAUGGGAGCAGUGUUGUAUAUUUUGAUCCACUCGAGGAUAUUGGGCCACCGUUGACUUAUAUGUGUCCAAAAUGCGGCGAAGAAUUUGAUGAUCGGGUCAGUUUAUGGCAACAUGUAGCUAAAUCUUGCGGCAAAAUGCCGGUUUUAAAAUAUGGAAGAAAUGGAUUUACUAGAAGGAUCUCCGUGGAUGCAGAUGAACUCAUCAGAAACGAAUGUGCGAAGUGCGGGCGCUCCUACAAGAGCGCGCGCUACCUGGCCCGUCACGAGAAAUACGAAUGCGAAAACCAGCCUCGGCUGCACCAAUGCCAUCUUUGUUCUUAUGCGGCGAAACGACGAUCGCAUCUAAAAUCACACACCAUGCGCAGGCAUAGGAACGUUGUGAUUCAAACUAUAUAAUAUUAAAUGAUUAUGAUAAUAUAAACAUAUAUUUUUAUGUACGGUUAACAUUAUGAUACUUUUAUUUAUAAGCAUAUUAUAAAGAAUAGCUGCUUCUUAUUACUUUGUUUCGCUAUAUCUUUCAUGUUUCUGUUAAUUUUCUUGCU